UCCUCUCUCACCUCUACUCCUUCCCUGUUUCAUUGAUAUUUACUUGUACGUCCUUAGACCUUUUCCUCUCAAAUGGCCGAAAAAAAUCCCCAGUUGAACGGGGCGUACUACGGCCCCUCCAUCCCACCACCGAAAUCCUACCACCGUCCGGGCCGUGGCGGCGCCUUUGACUGCUGCUGCGGCUGUAUCUUCAGCCUCAUCUGCAAACUUGUCUGCACCAUCAUCGUCAUCCUAGGGAUCGCCGUCCUUGUGUUCUGGCUCAUCGUCCGCCCAAAAGUUAAAUUUCACGUCACCGAUGCCUCCCUCACCGAAUUCAACUACGCUGACAACGGCACCCUCUACUACAACCUUGCUCUUAACAUGACCAUCCGCAACCCCAACAGAAGGCUUGGCAUUUACUACGACUACAUCGAAGCCAGGGCUCUGUACCAGGAUGCCAGGUUCAGUUCCAAUAACGAUAUCUCGCCGUUUUACAUGGGCCACAAGACUACCCACUAUCUCAGCACCGAGUUCAAAGGCCAAAACUUGAUUUCUCUGGGUACCGAUCAGGCUUCAGAAUAUAAUAAGGAGAAGAGCACCGGGGUUUACGAUAUUGAUGUCAAGUUGUAUCUAAAGAUUCGUUUCAAGUUGGGUGUCUUCAAGACCGGCAAGUUCAAGCCCAAGAUUGAUUGUGACCUCAAGGUUCCCUUGAUGGCCAACGGAACCUUGUCGUCCGGCACGUUCCAGACCACCGAGUGCGACUUGGACUACUGACGGAGCGCUCGCCCCUGACUCUCCGUGUCUGUUCAUAUGCGGUUUUAGAUUACAUAUAUUAUAGGACUAUUUGUUAAUCUCCUCGUUUUUCUUUUAUAUUAUGAGUUCCGUAUUUGUUCAUUUAUUGGACAUUGUCGCUGCUUGUUGAUUUCCUUACUGUAUUUCUACAUUUAUUUUUUAAUGGGGAGUACUAUUCGAUUGGAUUCCGAG